AUGGUGCCCUCUGCCGCUGAGGACUCCUCUUGCAAGGCAGCAUCGCUCGCCGUGCAAGGAGGGGUGGAGGACCAGGGGCAGGCCCCGCCGCCAGCACCGGCGCCGCUAGAUCUGCACCGCCGCGCGGCCACGGCGCCAGGUGGCGCUGAAGCGGACAAGCUGGUGGCGGCUGCCAACAAGGCGGGCGCGUUGGAUGAGCCCGUUGUGUCCGAAGAGGCAUGUGAUGAGUUUUGGGGGGAGAGAGAUGAGGAGAUAUUUGCGGACUCUGCGAAUCUGCGCAAGGACUCGGCCGCAGUAUUGAUGGAGCGGCCGCUGCCGCCUCUGCCGACACUGCGGCCCCUGCAGCACCUUGAACCCCUGGACGACUCGGAUGGCAGCGAAGCAGGCGACGGCACGCCGUCGCCGGCGACCGUCGAGGUCGCGUCGGCGCGGCUCCGCGCCGCGCCAGACGCGGACGCCGCGCCGCCCGCGCCGCCGCUGCUGCCGGCCGGUUUGGUCGCUGAGCUGCUGGGCGCAGAUGCGGCAUCCGAGCCUGGUGGCGACAGCCAAGACGAGAGAGACGGCGCUGCAGCCACAUCUGCAGCUGCGCCCCCGACAGGCAGUCAGUCUGCGCCGGGCGACGCUUUGGGCACGGACGCCUGCUUUGGCGAUGAUAAGCUCAUCUUGCAGCAGCAGCAGCAGCAGCAGCAGCAGCAGCAGCAGCAGCAGCAGCAGCAGCAGCAGCAGCAGCAGCAGCAGCAGCAGCAACAACAACAGCAGGAGGAGAUGGCAGGCGGCUCCACGCCCCAGGCGUCUGCGGCGCCGGGCGCCGCGCUCGCAGGCGCCGUUGGUGCUGGCGCUGCAGCGGGCGCGGCGCACGGGCGGCCGCACGCCGCUGAGUCCACGUUUCGUGUGUCAGAGGCCGGCGGGGACCAGGCUGCCGCGCCGGUGCCCGGGCCACGGCCGCCGGCGCCGGCGCUGUUGCUGCCGCCGGCGCUGCUGAACUCGCACCGCCGCUCGUCUGUGGGGGCGGCUGCGCUGGGCGCAGGCGGCCUGGGGGUCGCCGCUGCUGCCGCUGUCGCAGAGCACGAGGAAGAGGAGGAUGUGCAGCAAGAGGGCUGGCUCCAGGGUGGGGGGGCAGGCGAGCAGACGCAGCAGCAACGGCGGCAUCAAGGUGUUGAGACUGAGGAGCAGCAGCCGCAGCAUGUGCAGGAGCAGGAGCCGCAGCAGGAGCGGCAGCAGCCGCAGCAGCAGCAGCAGCAGCAGGAGCCAAAGGAGGAGCAAGAGGUGGUGCACGAGCCGGCUGUUCUGCCAUUCGAUUACGGCGGCCCCGGCGCGACGUCACCGCAGCGAGCAUUGCCGGCCGCAUCUGCGGCGCAGCGCCUCGGGGAUUCGGCGCUGCUGCCGCCGCCGCCGCCGCAGCAGCAGCAGCAGCAGCAGCAGCAGCAGCAGCAGCAGCCACGGUCAGGGGUGCACCGCUACCUUGAUGCACCACGGCCCGGCCGCAUCCUGGGGGCGGACCAGCAGCCGGAGGACGUGGCGUGGAAACACUGGCAGCCGCCUCAGGAGCAGCAAGGAGACGGGCAGCAGCAGGGGCAGGACCAGCAGCAGCAGCAGCGGCAGCAGCAGCAGCAGCAGCAGCAGCAGCCCGAGCGUGGACACGCUGAGGGCGAGGACAGGAGACCCGCAGAUGCGCCCCCAGCGCACGCGCAGGCGCCACGCAGCCGCGAGCUGGCACCGCCGCUUGCACCUCCUCUGCUGCCGGCGCCGCCGCAGCUGCACAAGCGCGCAGCCGCGGCUCCGCCAGUGGGCACGGAUCCUCCUCGGUUGCGGCCAAGCCCUGACGGGCUGCCCGCCCCUGCAGUGGGCGCGGCCAGCGGCGACGGGUGGUUGCCCCUGCAGGACUCCCGCGCUGCAGCACCGGCGCCGAGCCCGCGCCCUGCAGAGCCUGCCUCCACGAUGCGGCCGCUUGGGUCGCCACUACCGCGCGCGCUGCCGCAGCCGCACGCAGGCGCAGGCUGGACGGCGGGCGGCAGCCCGCGGGCCGAGUCUGUCGGCAGCUGGUCUGAUGACGACGCCGCCUUCUCCAUCGACCAGCACAGCUGCUGGAGCGACUCUGAGGCUUCAGUCGCGCUCGGCGCUGCCACAGGCGCCGCUGCCGCUGCGCAACAACAACAGCAGCAGCAGCAGCAGCAGCAGCAGCAGCAGCAGCCGUACAGUCGUGCCCGGGGGUCGUUCGCAUUCCGCGCCCCGGCCGCCGCGGCCGCUGCGGACGGCAGCCGCCCUGCGCCCUAUUCGCCAGCCCUCAACCCCAGCAACAGCAGGGGCUCCUGGCCUGCCGCAGGGCUGGAGGGCGGGGCCGCCGCUUCGUCGGGCGACCGUCUCGGCGCCGCGCGGCAACUGGCUGCGUCCGCCCCUGCCGCAGCCGCCUCGCCCGUGCCCGUGCCCGUGCCCGUGCACGCGGCCGCACGCGCCGCGCAUGCGCCCGCCGCGGCCCGCACGGGCGCGUCCUCCCCCUCCCCGACGCCCUCGCCCGGCGGCCCCGGCCGCCCGCGCUCGCGGUCGGCCAGCGACCGCUUUGCCGACCCUCCGGAGGUCAACGUGGCGGACGUCCCGCGGCUCGCCGGCAACGUGUGCGUCGCGGAGCGCGUGCGCGCGUUUGACCGGCGCUACUGCUAUUCUGACCCCCCCGUCGUCGGCAUCAGUGACCUCCCCCAGCUGAAGCCGCUAUCCACUGCGCGCUGCAGCAGCGCGCGGAGCUCUGUUGAUAGUGACCACAGCGGCGGCGGCCCGGGCGCGGGCGCGCACGCGAGCGCGCCGCUGCCCUGGAGCGUGAGCACGAGCUCGCGCGUGCAGCUGCGGCAGCCGGCCGGCCCGUCGCCGGGCGCGGCGCGGCCGCGCGUCUCUCCGCUGCCGUCGCCGAUGGAGUCGCCGCUGGCGCGGCGGCUGCAGGACAGGUCGGUCAGCGGGCGGCCCAGGGGCCUGGACCGCCUGAACGCCCUGAUCGCCGCGGCCCGCGACGCGGAAACGCAGGCCAGGGCCGCCGUGGCGGCGGCGUCCUCAGCCGCGUCGGGGUCCCGCGUGACGCUGCCCGGCCAGUCGCCGCCGGGCCACAUGUCUGCGCCCGCGGCUGUCGGCUUUGGCGCGCCCCGGCGCGCGCCCCGCUGA